UUUCAAGCUUUGAUUUUUCUUUAGAUAUAUUUCUUUCUUUGAGAUUUUGAUUCAAGGAAGACAAUUGAGAGAGAGAAAGAAAAAGCCAAAAAGAAAAUUGGAAGCUUUAAAUGCGAGUUAGUUGAUACAGCCUCUUUUCAUUUUCUCUUAGGUACUAAGAAUACAAAACCCAUCCUAUCUUCUGAUAUAUAAGGACAAUAUCUUUUGUAGAUCACAACACCCACCUUUGCUUUUUUUGUUACAUCGGAAAAAAAAAACUAGGAAUCUGAAUCAAUGGAGUUUUAUGCAUACCCAUCUCGUUUCUCUCUGUCUUCUUUCUCCUUGUUUGGGAAUUUCUAUGAAAGAGUCAAAGAUUUCUGUUCUUUCGCCGUUUCUGCCAUUCUUGGGAACGUUUUCUCGGCGAUCUUCACUUUUUUCUUUGCGUUAGUGGGCACUUUGUUGGGAGCCAUGACUGGAGCUUUAAUAGGACAAGAGACAGAGAGUGGGUUUGUUCGAGGGGCUGCAGUUGGGGCCAUUUCUGGAGCAGUUUUCUCCAUUGAAGUCUUUGAAUCUUCUCUUGUUCUUUGGCAGUCUGAUGAAUCUGGAAUUGGGUGUCUCUUGUACUUGAUUGAUGUGCUUGCAAGCCUUCUGAGUGGGAGACUUGUGCGUGAAAGAAUCGGUCCAGCCAUGCUCAGUGCUGUUCAGAGUCAGAUGGGAGCUGUGGAAGUAAGCUUUGAGGACAUGCCUAACAUCUUUGACACCAGCUGCUCAAAAGGAUUAACUGGAGAAUCCGUUGACAAGAUACCAAAGAUCACAAUUAGUACUGAUAACAAUGUAGACGAUUCUGGGGAAAAAGUCUCUUGCUCAGUUUGCCUUCAGGAUUUUCAGCUUGGAGAAACAGUUAGAAGUUUGCCUCAUUGCCAUCACAUGUUUCACCUGCCUUGCAUAGAUAAGUGGCUCCUCAAUCAUGCUUCAUGCCCAUUAUGCAGAAGGGAUCUGUAACUCUGCACGUUGUAAAUUACCUGGUGGUAAAAAAAUUUCUUUAAUUAUUUAUACGAUCAUCGCCUUUACGGUUCUUGUAUUUCAGUUACCCCUCUGCUUCUCACCUUCUCUGUAGUACUUCAACCAUGCCUCAAUUAGGAUGUCUGUAUGUGAUUUUGAUGAUCCAUAUGUAUAAAAAUUUUGAGUUAAUCUUUUCACCCUGUUAA